UGUUUAAUUAAAUAGACCGGCAAAAAUGGUGGGGAGAAAAAAAGCUCCAUAAGCAGACAAAAAAACACUACACACAAAAAGCUAGAAUUUUUUUCCUUUUUUUUUUUAAAAAAAAUUUAUUUUUCUUUUAUAGAAUAUGACAAAAAAUGAGAACUCCCUUUUUUUUCCUUCUCCACUCGCCUGAAAAAGGGCCAAAACAAUGCUGAAUAAAACACCCCACCAAAAGCGAACUGACUCUUAGCGCCUCCUCCUCCUAACUUCUCUUUAGAUCCAUCACUUGCUGCCAAAAGGGGUUCAAGGAAUUUCCAUCUUCGCUUCUGGGUCUUCCUUAUUUUCGUCUUUAAUGGCUUCUGUUUGAUUUUUAUUGACUUACUACUAGAUUCCAGCUUUAGGGUUUGAAUUUUUAGUUCUUGUAAUCGGGGAACCAAUCGGGUAUGUCCCAAUCGGCUAGCCCAAUUACCCGACGGGUUCAGUCUUCUUCUUCUUCUUCGAUUGAUACCAGAGGAAAACAUCGGAUUCAAGCUGAAGUGAAGCGGCUCGAGCAAGAAGCAAGGUUUCUGGAGGAAGAACUGGAACAGUUAGAUAAACUGGACAAGGCAUCGACAAAAUGUAAAGAAAUGCUGAGCAAUGUGGAGACAAGACCAGACCCUCUUCUCCCACUAACCCACGGCCCCAUAAAUCCGCUAUGGGAUCGAUGGUUUGAAGGUCCGCAAGAUUCUAAAGGUUGCAGAUGCUGGAUAUUGUGACAUUGUUUGGAUUUCUCUUUGAAUUCAUUACAGAUUGGGAGAUUGUGAUAUGAUGAUCAUUGCUACUUUGGAGAUUUUAACUCCCAUUCUCAUUUGUUGUUUGCCAGAGGUUUCUUCAACUUAGGUACUUUUGUGAAUAGUUUUUUUUUUUUUUUUUUCUAAAACAAAUGUUGCAUUCAUUUGAAAACACUUACCAUAAAGGUAUUCCAUUUCACUUUGCACAUUUUUCUUGGGAAUAUUAUUGAUACAUAGAAAGCAUUUAAGAAAAUGGAAGUAGAACUUCGAAAACCCAA